ACAUAAAGGUAGAGAAACCCAGUCAAGCUUCAGACGAUCACUCUUCCUUCUACGCAGCUAACAUCUUGCCUGGCCAGCUAUCUGGACUCUCAUUACUGCGUUUUGACGGCUGUGUAUACAGUGCAGUUCAGACUGAGAGAUGGACAUUGAUGGAGUUGUGGAAGUGGCAGCUCUGGGCCGGCCUUUCGGACUGGGAAUGCUGUAUGAUUUGAGGAGCGACUCACUUGUUACUGGGAUGACACUUUGGGAUGAAGACACACUGUCCAAACACAUUCAAGUUAGAGAUCAGAACUUUAAUGAGUUUGAAGUAAUUACUUCAGAUUCUCUGCAAAGUAAAACCUCCUCACUCAAUGUAAAUGCUUCUUCAUUGAAACUAAGCAUCUUCAGUGGCAAUGUUAGCGUCGGAGGAUCUGGAAAUUACCUGAAUGAAAGCAAGUCUUCCAAACAUCAGGCGAGAGUAACGCUGAGGUACAAAGAAACUAACCAAUUCAAAGAGAUGUCCAUGCAUCAUCUUGGAAAGCUGAAGUAUGGCAAUGUUAUCGAUAAAGGUUUGGCGACCCAUGUCGUCACAGGUAUUCUUUAUGGAGCCCAAGCCUUCUUUGUAUUUGACCGGGAAGUUUCUGAAGAUGAAAACCAUCAAGCCAUUCACGGUGACUUAAAGAUAAUGAUCAAAAAAAUACCAAAGUUUGCUGGACAAGUCAGAGGUGAUGUAAAGAUGGAUAAUGAAGAUCGGAAAAAAGUGGAUCAGUUCUCCUGCACAUUCUUCGGCGAUGUCUGCCUGGAAAAAACUCCUACAACCUUCGAGGAGGCAGUAGAGACAUAUAAAUCUCUCCCAGCACUAUUUAAGAAGGCUGUACCAAUGACGGUCUUUAUGUUGCCACUGACGAGCUUACAGUCAUCAGCUUCUAAACUGGUCACUCAGAUUAGUGCAGGGUUAGUUCAGGAAGUUCAGAGUGUUCUGGAGGACUUCACUGAGCUUGAAAUGAGGUGCAAUGACACCUUAAAAACAGCAACUCUACAACCAUUUUCACAAUUAGGAGAAAAGCUCAAUCGUUUUAAAGGUUUGUGCGCUGAGUUAAAGCUGGAAUUCCAACAAACUUUGGCAGAGAAGCUCCCAUUAAUCAGAGGAGGAGUAGUAGAGGAGGCUGAACUGACAAAGGUCCUGGAGGAGACACAUUCCUCUCUUUGCAACAGUAAAACUCUGAACCAGUGGAUCGACCAGAAAGAGAAAGAAAUCUACACCUUAAUGUUGUUCAAAGAGAAGAUGAAAAACACAAUCUUCAUCCAGUCUGAAACUCAGCUCUACAAGGAAGUUAUGAGUAAAGAUCAGGCUCAGAUUCUGUGCUUUGUCUUCACAUCUCUGGGAAGAGAUGAACCAUUUCUUUCAGCUUUAUCAGCCUACCUGAAAGGAACCAGACAAGAUAAUAAAGGUGCAGGCUUUGAAGAAAAGAAAGAAAGGAAACACCCGAGUGCCUCAGAAAUUGUAGCACAAGAAACUAUAGAAAAAGUCAAACUCUUCAUUGAUUUUGCAGAGGGCAACAAAGAGAACCAGAAGACAAAGUUUCUGGCAGUCGGGUUAACAGAUGAUAACCAUAAAGGCUCAACCAUCUACCUUUAUGAAAACGGCUUCCUUGUCAAUACAAACUAUGAGCUUCCUUCAAAGCCUGAAACUGUGACAGCUGAUGACAUCAACCACAACAGUGUGACUCUGAAGGUUUCUCCUCCCAGGUUUGGAGCAGAGAGCGUCAUCUCCUACUCUGUGGAGGUCCGUGAGAAUACAGCAGAUAAAUGGAAUGAGAAGAUUGAACCGAACGCUGAGAAAGUCACAGUUAGAGACCUGAAGCCAAACACAGAGUAUGUGUUCAGAUGCAGAGGAGUGACUUCAGUAGGUUAUGGACCAGCCAGUGACCCCAGUAAUCCCAUCAAAACAUUACCGUGCAGCCCUCCUGAAGAACUUCAUGCUCACUGUACCACAAACAAUGCUACAGUUAGCUUGAAGAAACCUGCUGAGAUCGGACAAGAUGUUCAAAUUUCAAAUUACGUCUUGAACUGCACAGGGAACAAUGAGGAAAAUCAUCAAAUGACUGUAGAUGACAAAGAACAGGCGAUAUUUUCUGAUUUAGAGCCAAACGUAAGAUAUAAUUUGAAUGUCUACUGUAAAUGUGGUGACGCUGGAACAAGCAAGGAAGCCACAACAUCUUUGAAAACUCUUAACUGAACUGGAGGUGAAGAGCAACAAUACAAAGGAAAGAACAAGGAAAUAUUUUUUCUUUAUCUGUUGAUUCCAAAAUGAAUUUCUUUUUUGUUGUAGUUUUCAGUAAAGAGUAACACAGUUAGAACCCUAAUAUACCCAGUUCUAAAAGUAAUCAGAUUUUUAAGUGCGCCAUGUAGUAAAAGUACAGAUGGCAGGGAAGUUCACUUCAAGUUCAGUGAUUCAGUUGCAGACGGAGUUUCACAGAUCUUAGAUCUUUUUUUUAAAUUGAAUAUCAAAAAAUAAAUGCUUGGUACUGUUAAAGACCAAUACAGAAGAAAAUGACAUCACUACAAAGAAUCCAAUGAAACAUGUUAAAAGCAUUUAAUCCAAACAUUUGGAGAACAAAAGCAACGUGAGAGACGGAGAGCGUACGACACAACUAAGACUCUUUUUCAAACUAUAGCACAGACUGUCAGCAGUGUCGUCAUUCAAGUUCCAUUUCAAAUGGUCUAAUAAACAACGACACACUUACCAUUUACUGAGUCCAAAUGGAUGCUGUACUUUGUCCUGGCAAUUCUUCUGAAAUAUAAAUUUUAACUCGUGGGUUUGUAAGUGAGUGCGCCCAUACACUGAAAGCAGACAAUCUUACGUCAGCUAAAGACUACAAAGUGGCUACACUUUGUAGUCUGCCCACUGAAUAAUGAAUCCGACUGUUAGGGCAUGAACAAGAAACCAAACUGGACUGGACGAAACAUGUGGCUCGACUGAGGAAACUGAAAGAAACAAACAAGGCCUUGGCCAAAUCAGAUGAAUGACAAACGUCCUCAGGCUUCUCUGUGAACACAAAUAAGUAAAACUGAAGACUAACUUAAACUAGAACUGAACCGAUACCUAAUAGAUGGGCACACUGGAGCAAGAAGAAAGAGAGAUAAAUUAAUCCAACAGAAAAUGACAAAGUUUUUAAUAUUUUCACAUUACAUGCUGGAAAAUGUUUUUUGGAAAACGGAGCCUUGAUCACUUUUAAGUCCUUUGCAACAUUUUUUAAAUGAUUCUUUCAACCUGAUAAGUGUAAGGGUGUGCUGAAUUUGUAACUUCUUUUGAGCUAACGUUUUGGUGGGCUGUUUUUUCAAGCUAUUAAAAAUUAUGUAACUUUA